CCUCCAGUUCAAGGACCCGUAUUUAAAGAGACAGGCGUUCUAGUCACCGUGCGAGGCCCGCGCUUGUGGGCUCCUAGGCGGGCGGGCCGUGUGGAGCGUCGGAGCCUGAACAGCCGGGAAGGAAGCUAUAUGACUUUGGCUUUCAAGAUCCUCUUCCCGAGAAACCUUUGUGCCCUUGGCAGAAAAGAACUGUGCCUGUUCCCAGAACAGAAUUACUGGUCUGCCAUAAGACAAUUCAGCCAGUGGUCGGAAACAGAUCCUCUUCGUGGGUGCCGCCUCCUCCAGAGAAAAAAGUCUGUCCUAUCUUUCCAGAGAGGGCAUCUAAGACCACGUGCCACCCACCUUGUCUUCUUCCCAGGGUCGUAUGUGGGACUCUGUACUAGCCCCUGUGAGAUGGCGGAGCAGCGGUUCUGUGUGGACUAUGCCAAGCGGGGUACAGCUGGCUGCAAGAAAUGCAAGGAGAAGAUUGUAAAAGGCGUAUGCCGCAUUGGCAAAGUGGUGCCCAAUCCCUUCUCCGAGUCUGGGGGCGAUAUGAAAGAGUGGUACCAUAUUAAGUGCAUGUUUGAAAAACUGGAGCGGGCGCGGGCUACCACAAAAAAAAUCGAAGAUCUCACAGAGCUGGAAGGCUGGGAAGAGCUGGAAGAUAACGAAAAGGAACAGAUAAGCCAGCACAUUGCAGACCUAUCUUCUAAGGCAGCUGGUACACCAAAGAAGAAAGCGGCUGUCCAGGCUAAGCUGACAACCACUGGCCAGGUGACAUCCCCAGCAAAAGGUGCUUCGUUUGUCACCAGUACCAAUCCCCGAAAAUUUUCUGGAUUUUCAGCAGCCAAAGCCAACAACUCUGAGCAAGGCCCCUCAAACCCUGCUCCUAAGACAAGUUUGUCUGCAAGUAAAUGUGACCCUAAGCACAAAGACUGUCUACUGCGAGAGUUCCGGAAGCUGUGCGCCAUGGUGGCCGAAAACCCUAGCUACAAUACAAAGACCCAGAUCAUCCAGGACUUUUUGCAGAAAGGCUCUACAGGAGAUGGCUUCCACGGUGAUGUGUACCUAACAGUGAAGCUGUUGCUGCCGGGAGUCAUUAAGAGUGUUUACAACUUGAACGAUAAGCAGAUUGUGAAACUUUUUAGCCGCAUUUUUAACUGCAACCCAGAUGAGAUGGCCCGGGAUCUGGAACAGGGUGACGUGUCUGAGACGAUCAGAGUCUUCUUUGAGCAGAGCAAGUCUUUCCCCCCAGCCGCCAAGAGCCUCCUCACCAUCCAAGAAGUGGAUGCCUUCCUCUUGCACCUCUCCAAGCUCACCAAAGAGGAUGAGCAGCAGCAAGCCCUGCAGGACAUUGCCUCCAGGUGUACAGCCAAUGACCUUAAGUGCAUCAUCCGGUUGAUCAAACAUGAUCUGAAGAUGAACUCAGGUGCAAAACACGUGUUAGAUGCUCUUGACCCCAAUGCUUAUGAAGCCUUCAAAGCCUCACGCAACCUGCAGGAUGUGGUGGAGCGAGUCCUUCACAAUGAGCAGGAGGUGGAGAAGGACCCAGGUCGGCGACGGGCUCUGAGCGUCCAGGCCUCACUGAUGACUCCUGUGCAGCCCAUGCUGGCUGAGGCCUGCAAGUCCAUCGAGUAUGCAAUGAAGAAGUGUCCCAAUGGCAUGUUCUCUGAGAUCAAGUACGAUGGUGAGCGAGUCCAGGUGCAUAAGAAGGGGGACCACUUCAGCUACUUCAGCCGCAGUCUCAAGCCUGUCCUGCCUCACAAGGUGGCCCACUUUAAGGACUACAUCCCCAGAGCUUUUCCUGGGGGUGAGAGUAUGAUCUUGGACUCCGAGGUGCUCCUGAUUGACAACAACACAGGCAAACCACUGCCGUUUGGGACUCUGGGAGUGCACAAGAAAGCUGCCUUCCAGGAUGCUAAUGUCUGCCUGUUUGUUUUUGAUUGUAUCUACUUUAAUGAUGUCAGCUUGAUGGACAGGCCUCUUUGUGAGCGACGCAAGUUUCUUCAUGACAACAUGGUUGAAAUCCGUAACCGGAUUAUGUUCUCAGAAAUGAAGCAAGUCACAAAAGCCUCAGACCUGGCUGACAUGAUAAACCGGGUGAUCCGAGAGGGCUUAGAAGGGCUGGUGCUGAAGGAUGUGAAGGGUACAUACGAGCCUGGGAAGCGGCACUGGCUAAAAGUUAAGAAAGAUUAUUUGAACGAGGGGGCCAUGGCCGAUACAGCUGAUCUGGUGGUUCUUGGGGCCUUCUAUGGGCAAGGGAGCAAAGGCGGCAUGAUGUCCAUCUUCCUCAUGGGCUGCUAUGAUCCUGACAGCCAGAAAUGGUGCACUGUCACCAAAUGUUCCGGAGGCCAUGAUGAUGCCACACUUGCUCGACUGCAGAAGGAGCUAGACAUGGUGAAGAUCAGCAAGGAUCCCAGCAAGAUACCCAGUUGGCUGAAGAUCAACAAGAUCUACUAUCCUGACUUUAUUGUUCCCGACCCAAAGAAAGCUGCUGUGUGGGAGAUCACGGGAGCAGAAUUCUCCAAAUCUGAGGCUCACACUGCUGAUGGGAUCUCCAUCCGAUUUCCUCGCUGCACCCGAAUUCGGGAUGAUAAGGACUGGAAAUCUGCAACUAACCUCCCUCAACUCAAGGAACUGUACCAGCUGUCCAAAGAAAAGGCAGACUUCACCGUAGUGGCUGGAGAUGAGGGGAGCUCCACUACUGGAGGUAGCAAUGGUGAGAGUGAGGGCACUGCUGGGUCUGCUGUACCCCACAAGGCCCCCAAGACACCUCCCAGUAAGUCCUCUGCCAGUGGAAGGAAGACCGAACAGAAGCUGAAUAACUCCAAUAGCAGAGGUGGCAACAAGGUGAUUCCAAAGCCUUCCCCCAUGAAACCAGGAGACAAGCUGACCACGAAGUCUUCUCCAGUGAAAGUGGGGGUGAAGAGGAAAGCUGCUGAUGAGACCCAAUGCCCUACAAAGGUGCUGUUGGAUGUCUUCACCGGGGUGCGGCUCUACUUGCCACCUUCCACACCAGACUUCAAGAGGCUCAAACGCUACUUUGUGGCAUUCAACGGGGAUCUGGUACAGGAAUUUGACAUGGCCUCAGCCACACAUGUGCUGGGUAACAGAGAGAACAAUACUGAGGCCCAGCUGGUCUCUCCAGAGUGGAUCUGGUCAUGUAUCCGAAAACGGAGGCUGACAGCCCCCUGCUAGAACUUUAUUCUUUCUCUUUGGGCUGUCCUUGCCUGCCCACUCUACCACAAGGCUCAGCCUGGAUGGUAGGGGCUUCUUCGCCAAGCAGUGUACCUUCUUAUACCCUCCAACUCUUCAUGGUCCUUUCUGGAUCAGGAGUUAGUUGCUGUGGGCACAAGCAAUGCUCUUGCUAGUUUAACUAGAUCUUUCAGAUCUGGGUGCUAGCUUUGUCUUCUUGUUUAAAAAGAAGCCGACCUUAGUUGUUUGAGGUGCUGAUAACCAACCUAAACCCUUAUGCAUGCUAGGCACAGUGUUGUGCCCUUGAACUACAAUUUUAUAAGUGAGAAAUCUUAAGCCAGGCAUGGUAGUGCAUGAGGAGCCAGAAGUCAGAGGAUCAGGAGUUCAAGGCUAGCCUUGAACAAAAAACAAACAAACAAACAAAAAAGCAUCUUCCCCCCCCCCCAGUUCCACCUCCGUGACUAAGGAAUGAAGGCUGAGCAGAAUCUACUUCCUUUGUCUGCUCCUUUUUCACUUCCAUGUGCAUCUUAAAAAUUGUAUUUGAACUGUCCUCACACGCUUCCUGUAUGUGGCAAAAUCUUUAUUUUGCCUGGUCCCUUUUGUCAGGAUGAACCCUCAUGUGAAAGAACAAAGUGGUCCCAGCUUGGAGGGAGAGGCUGUCAUCUAUAGGAAAGGUGGUCUCCUUGGAGGAUCUGCCUCCUCAAAGUCUGGACUACUCUCAGGAGUACAGAUCCACAGCCAGGAAAAUCUACCCACCCUGCUUUCCACGGCUCACUAGCUCCUGUGCCACCUGUGGCAGAUUGCUUGCAAAGAUCAUUUCUGUGUACAGCUGCAGAGAAUCCUGUUUGCAACAGUGGAAAUGUCCUAAGCCAGCCUCAUCUGGUUGUCAAGCUCUUGAAAUGUGGCACUAACACCCUCUAAAAAGACAAGUCACCAGUGACCAUCACACACUUCUGAGCAUCAAUCAGUUCCGCAAAAGGAAGGGGCAGAGGCACUGCUCCUAAAUCACUAGAUGACUGUAACCUCAGAUGCCUUAUGUAACACAGGCACAGAACCUGGUACAGAUGUUAUGCAGGAGGAGGCCUGGCUUACCACCUUGCAUGACGAAGUUCACACUUGGCUCUGGGCUUCUCUAGAUACUGUAGUAGACUGGCUUCCAAGUCUAUGCUGUGCCACCUCUGGAAGAUCAGUUCUCUCCUAUUACCAACUCAGCAGGCUUAUCUGCUAUCUCCUGUCAGCUAGGACACGAUGACCAAACCUCUUAAACACCUGUGUGGGCCUCUAAGCUACAGACAUACUACCCCAAGUAUUCCUAAUACCCUACUAGGAGGUUGCUUACUGGUCUGGCUUUGCCUUUCACCUACUAUUUAAAAUGUCCAGAGGGAAGACACAAUGUAGAUGCUCUGACAACUAGGGCAGAGUGGGUACAACUCAGUCUGCCGAGUCAGAUACUUUUUAAUCAGCCUUCAAAUCAAAAGCCGCUUUUUGCUUUGAGUACUUACCUGCAUAGAAUCUCCAACUUCCUUGGACCAAGCAGCUAGGUAGAGCAUUAAAGAUAACUCUUCCCCACCACACAGGGCUGAAAUUUCAGCUCCUUGUCCCUUGAAUGCCUUACUAUGUAUUCACUCCAGUUCACUGGUGUUUGUAUGUUUCUUCCAGUCUGACAUAAUUCUCUCUGCAGGGAGAUUAGACUGUAUGCACACCUUUGUAUCUUUUCCUGUCUCUCCACCCAACCCUAAGUGCUAUCACCCUAAACCUCCCCUGCUCUUUUGGCCUUGGUUUACAUAGUGCCGGCUAAUGACAGAGUGGCCGUCCUGGAUGCUGAACAGGUCAGCCAUUAGCAAGACUUCUCUCUUUAAGAGACAGGGUAGAAUCCUGUCUCGUCCAGUUCUGCAGUGGGUGACACACUCUUCUCCCUUCCCCUCAGGCACCUGGUCAGAGACAGGGUAGAAUCCUGUCUCGUCCAGUUCUGCAGUGGGUGACACACUCUUCUCCCUUCCCCUCAGGCACCUGGUCAGGUAGGCUAGUAUAGGCCUAUGUGUAUUUUGCAGUCUGCUCUUUAGGCUGGGCCAACCUUUGAGCCAUACUUGUCUGUCACAACUGUGUUCACUUAACUGGCUACCUAGCUGUCCUGAGAUCCCAUCCCACUUAGCUCUUGAAGACCCUUUCCCGAUGGGACUGUAAAUAAUUCACAUGGUGCUUCCAUUUGCUCUUGAGAAUCAUCCUUACGCUAGCUCCACUUCUAGUCUGUCCCAUAAUUUCUCCCACACCCUUGCGAUCGUAGGCAAGUCACAACACCAAGCAGGGUACCUUGACCAAGAUCAGGUGGCCCAAACAUUUCCAUAAGUAGAAUGGAGUCUCUGAGGAGCAACAGCUCUAUGAAUCUGGCCUGAUACUUGCCUAUAUUCACUAGUACUUUGGGGCCUCAGGCAUCAUCCCCACACCAGAUAGGACAGGUAUCUGUAUUUAAAAUUUAUUACAAAAUUAUAAAGCAGAGCUCUGUAACAAAAAAUACACAUUUGGGUUUACUUUUUAACAUCCAGGUGAGAAAAUCUUAAUAUAAGCGACUUGGAGCAACACAUUCACAUCCAAGAGAUUUUUUUAAACAAAUUUGUACAAUAUAGACCAUUAAUUCCUUUACAGCUUAUUAGUUUAGAACUGGCUAUUCCAACCUACAAACCAAUCAGCUGUCUGUCUUUUAAAACUAAGUCUCAAGUGAAAUCUUGGUGCAAUCACAGCGAAGUCCACAGAAUAGUUGGAAGGAUUAGGUGUUUACAUGUUAAUUAAGACCAAGGAUCCGUGAUGAACAGAAAGGGGCUCAAGUACUUAAAACAAAACAAAACAAAUCAGGUUUUCUACCUGGGGUGAAUAUUAACUGGAAUAGAAUCUUAGAAUUCCAACUUUCAUUUGGUGUAACAAUAAAAAAGUUGUUUGA